CCUCAGUAGCAUAUUGGCUGUUGCAUAUGUUGUGAGCAAUACCACAACGUACCUGCCUGCCUUAGGUAGGUACAUUUCCCUCUUAGGUUGCAGCUACCAAAGUCGCAAAAGUUCUCUUUUAAACAGCUUUCAUUUUUUUUCUCUCCUUUCCAUUUGAAAGCUUCCACUUAACCCACUUGCAAAACCACCAGCCAAUUACAUCUACUUAUCAGUAUACUUGCAACUUCUUUACGUGCAUCUCGUCCAUUCGAUUCUUCGCUUUCACUAAUGCCAUUCGCAUUUUACUCAAUCGACCCAGGGGUUAGCUUAGUACAAUACCUAGCUCUUAGGCUUCCGGUGAGUACAGGCGGCGAUAGGCAGAUUAAAGCUCCGGUAUCAAGGUGUUACUAUUGGUCAACAUGGAUCGAAAUCAACGUUUUCGUAAAGAUGCCCCUGCAAGGCCUACAAGACGCCGAAGAAUUCCAGUACAGAACAAUUGGCACCAGUCACUACCCUCCCAUUCUAUCCAACAGAACCUCCCGCCUAAUCCUCAACCCGCCCAGGGCUCCCAACAAGGCCCAAACCAGGAAUUCGAAACUAGGACUUCUCUGCAAGAUACAUCUCAUACAAACAAUCCCUCCGAAGCAGUUGAACUCUUUCCAUCUGUGGCUUCUUCUCGAGGAGAUAUCUUAUUCGCACCACGGUCUGACCCACGCGAUUACGGCGCGUUUGCUCAUCGGGGGAUGGAUCGCGAUUCACGAAGUAGAAGGUACGAUGACGGGGAAGUCACUAGAUAUGGCGCUGGUGAAUCGUACCGCCCGUUCAAUUCCAACCGGUCUCCGCGCCGGGCUAGAAGCCCUCCAAGAGGCCGUAGCCCACCACUUCUAGAUAGUGAUCGUUAUGUGCCCGGUCGAUCCCCACGACGUCGCUCACGAAGCGCUGAUCGCUACCGCCGAGACCUUUCCAGAGACCGACGAGAUACUAGAGAUAUGGGCGACAGCUGGAGACGACGCGAUAGGAGCCGUAGUCUUCGCCGAAGCCCUCCACGACGGUCUCCCCCCCGACGUAGUCCGCCUCGAAGAAGUCCGCCACCACGCAGGUUCUCACCAAGACGGGAUGAUAGAGAUCGUUUGCGAUCUCCGCGAAGGGGCUAUGACGCAAGACGGAGAUCGAGAUCUCCCUUCGACAGAGACCGCGUCCGAGAUAGGUCGCCUCUCCGACGUUCACCCCCGCCCAUCCCGAGGGCUAGUACCUACAGAGCCCGCACCCGCAGCCCGGAUCGACGAGACGAUCGCUACGGUCCUUCGCAUAGCAGACGUCCUUCCCCGCCACGCGACUCUGCAAUCUCUUCAGCAAUUCCGUCUCGGGACACAUCCCGUAGAUCUUCGCCCCACCCUCUUCCUCCUCGUCGCGAUGAUCGAUCACAUCCGCAGUCUCCCAUACCCUCCAGACCUUUGUCUAGAUCUUCUCAUAAUGUACCACUUAGAGAUCGAAGUCCACAGGGAACUCCGAAAGAAUCUAGUGCUCCACCUAGAUCCCCUCCGCGUGGUCCUGCCGCUCUCCGAGCACCUCCCACCGGCCCCAGAGAUACUCGCGCUUACGGGAGCCAGUCCGUCGGGGCUAUAGGCCCGCCCCCCAGACCAGUUCCAGCCGCGCCCGCAGUAGCAAGUCGACCUGAUAUCAGCCCUAGUGCCCCGCCGGCAGGUCCUAGAGGCUACGUCGCCACACGAGGAGGCGGCUAUGGUCGAGGUGGUCGAGGAGGACUCGGCUGGGGUAGUACGAUUCAAAGCCGUAAUCUACCACCAGCCACAGGUCCCAUUCCUGCCUCAGCGACAACAAUCUCUAAUACCAUCCCCACCGGCCCGCGAGCAGGCCCAUCUUCGCAAUCCGUUCCCACAACCCCCGUUAACCAAGCCAAACCCUUCAACCCACCUAAGGGCCCAGCCGCUGAGAGUACCCGUCCUAGCCUAGCGCAGCAACUUCUUGCGACUCUACCACCUAUCGUUCCCGGAGGUAAGAUGGACCCUCAUUACCUCGCCAUGACAACAGGCGUGAUGCCCGAGCUCCAGGCCCACACGCUGCAGCUGAAGGAGGAAGAAGAGAAGUUGCGUGCGGAAAAGUAUGUUAAGGAGGAGAAGUUGAGAAAGAGCUUGGCAUUAUGGGAUAAGUUUGAAAGGGAGGCUAAGGUCUUGGAACUGAGAAUAGAGCUCAGUGAGAACAGCGUGAAGAAGUUUGCGGGCGAGGGGGUUGGAGGUGCGGCGUUUUAGUAGAAUGACGGAACCGGAGGUUGGAAGAGAAUGGAAGAGUAGGGUCUUCUGAGGUGUCCCAAUUAUUGGUGUGUAUUAGGCGGAAGAAAGAGUUCUAGCAUGGACGAAACGGGCGGGAUGCAUAUGCAGAGAUGGGAUAAGACGAGACUCUUUAAGUGUACUUCUACUGAUGAGUUACAUUGUCUUGUCUGUCUAUCUGUCUAUGGACCCCCAGCCGUGAUGAUGUAAGUGGAUUACCAAGGGGAACCGCAUCAAUAUAGACAGGCGUCUGGGAAGGGCGUGGAAUUCACUUCGCUGGUAUUGCCGUGUACCAUAUGACUAGGUAGGUACUACAGAAAGGUAGGAAGAUACCUUGUAUGUGUAUGUCUCGCUGUAUAGAGGCUAGCUAGCUGUGCAUUGCAUGAUACCAAAUCGAUUUUUUAAUAAUGCA